AUGUCAAGUGAUGAAAAUAAAAAAUCAGGAAUUUAUCAGGCUGCAGAUAAGAUAGUAAAUAUGCUUUUCAAGACUAAUGAAAAUGAUGAUGAUAAAGAUGUUGAAAUAAUGCAAGCAAUGCUUGAUAUGGUUUUAAUGAACACAACAUCAAUUAAUAAUGAUUGUAACAAAAUAAAGGAAGAAAAAGUUCUUGAAAAUGAUAGUAGAAAUGGAGAAGAUUAG